CAACAAAAUAUUAAAGUGAUGGUAACUGCACAUUUUUGGCCUCUUGAUUUUAUUCCAAGGUAUAAAAUUAGAGAAAGGUCGUGGUGUAUACACAGGAAACCUUUCAUGUAUGGUCAAAUUUACUUAAAAUGAAAUUUAGUGUGCGUGCCCUCUCGACGGCUGCUGCUUUCGCCGUAGCUUGUGUUGUGUCCGCUGCUGCGUAUUAUUACAAAAGUAGAAAUGCUGAAUUCAAUGAAGUUAUGGUAUUUUGUAAACUCCAAUACAAUGCAUACAAUUACUUUGAUAAAUUAAUGAGUUUCAUUGAGAAAUCUAAAAGAUGUGUUAACGUUUGUAUGCCUGGCAUUCACAAUCCUGCCAUACAAGGCAAGCUGGUCAGUUUAAUACAAAAGAAACAAAUAAAAGUCCGCAUUGUUAUUGAUCGCUCUGGAUAUAAUGAAUCCACAGAAUUUUUUAUCAAGGAACUCAUCGAAGCUGGAGCUGAAAUACGGUACAAAACUGGCGAGCCUAGCUUUUCAAUGCAACACAAGUUUUGCCUAGUCGAUGAUAAGAUCCUACUGACGGGCACCCUAAAUUGGGGAAAUGACCGUUCUUUCGACCAUUGGAAUUAUGUUUACAUCACUAACAAGGAUCAACUAGUGUCACCCGUGAAAUGUGAAUUCUACAAGAUCUGGAACAACUCCACCGACAUACAAUGUGCAUGUGACAAUAGUGACUGCGAUUCUGUCGUUAAUGGAAAUUCAGACGAAGAUUCUAAUUCUCUGAACGAUAAGUCUACUAUAAAUGUGUCCAGUGAAAAUAGCUCUAGUGAUCUAAAAGAGAAAAGUGAAGAGUAAAACUUUUUUCAUUAAUAAUUUUUAAACUAGAAUUUAAAAUAAUAUUUCUUUAAUGUAUUGAAUUGUUGUAAUACUUUCUUAAUUGUUGCUCACACUCUCUCUUUCCUAUAGUU